UGUUAGUUAGACUACUAGUUAUUAGUUACACUACUAGUUAGUGUAGUUAGACUGUUAGUUAGACUACUAGUUAUUAGUUACACUACUAGUUAGACUACUAGUUACACUACUAGUUAGUGUAGUUAGUGAGAAUCAUUCUACUACAGCAACAACGUCGCCUCACCCGCCGACGGUUCGAGGUGGUGAGUUGUCCACAUCCGUUGAGUUUGCUGCAUCAGCAUCAUCAUCCACCACCGCACACAUGCUACGUCCCGUGAGGAUGUUUGUGUUGGAGGAUCGCCACGUGAUAGCCCGGCACGCCAGCGUCUACCCCACUUUGGCCGAGUUGGAGGCGGCUCAGUCGCUGGUCUCCACCUGUGAGAGGGCCCUCAAGCGCCUCGCAGACUCCCUGCACAGUGAUGCUGGUGCAGCAGCAGCAUCAGCAGCAGCAGGAGGUGCAGCAGCAUCAUCAUCAUCAGCAGCAUCAUCAUCAUCAGCAUCAUCAUCAGCAGCAUCAUCAUCAUCAGCAGGAGGUGUUGGUGUUGGUGUUGGGUCUCUGAGGAGCGUGGUGCGGGUGGGUCUGGUGGCCAAGGGCCUCCUCCUGCGUGGCGACCAGCGGCUCCGCCUCGUGCUGCUGUGCCACCAGGCGCCCACCGUGCAGCUGCUGCUGCACGCUGCACAGCGCCUGCCGGAGCACCUUGAGGCGGUGAAUGGUGAGGGCGUGGAACGCUACUCCGUGACGGUGCAGCAGGAGGAUGCCUGCCUGAUUGUCUCUCGCAGCAGCGACCCACAGCUCUCACUCAGCAUCACACUCACCUCGCCAGCACUCACCUCGCCAGCAGUUGCCCUGGAUGCGGUACUGCCACCUACUCCUCCUACUCCUACUCCUCCUCCUCCUCCUCCUCCCCAUGCCUCCGUCACCUCCACCGCUCCGCUGCUGGAUGAGGCUCCGUGUCUUCGUGCGUUGGCGUCUCUUCGCCACACUAAAUGGUUCCAGGCAAGAGCGAACCCACUCAAGUCGUGUGUUGUGGUCAUCCGGGUCAUCAGGGACGUCUGCAAUCGAAUUCCCAUUUGGGCACCGCUCCAGGGAUGGGCCUUGCAGCUGCUGUGUGAGAAGGCUCUGGGCACAGCUCCACGUCCACUGGGGCCGGGCGAGGCCCUCCGUAGGGUCCUGGAAACCCUCGCAUCCGGGAUCAUCCUGCACGAGGGUCCCGGUCUGAGCGAUCCGUGCGAGAAAACUCCCACGGAUGCCCUCGCUAAGCUGAGCCAGCAGCAGCGUGAAGACAUCACACACAGUGCCCAGCAUGCCCUGCGCCUGAUGGCGUUUGGCCAGGUCCACAAAGUGUUGGGCAUGGACCCCCUCCCGUCAGCCCGGCCACAACUCCUGCUGCUGCACCAGCAGAGGAGUGGUGAGGAGCGUGGUGAGGAGCGUGGUGAGGAGCGUGGUGAGGAGCGUG